AGCAGCAUGGCUCUGGGCAUCACUUUGCUUGCUUUGAUUGCAAUCAUCACACCUCAGAGGAGGUCUGUGCUCUGUGCCGAUGCACCAGGCGAGCUGUCGGACCGAAGGCCCGGCGGACCCGGGAGGCAGCCGGUGUCUGAGCUGGCGGACUGCGGGGACACGGUCUACAACACGUCCUGCCAGCUGUGCUGCGAUGAUGGGAGUGUGCUGCCUGGGAAUCCCAGCAUGCUCUGCUGCGGGAGCGAGGCCUACAGUCCGAGCAAAGAGUCCUGCUGCCUGGGGCAUCUGACCGUGGGAGUGAGCGAGAUGGUGGCGGACUGCUGCGGACGGAAAGCCUAUUACCCUCUGAGCCAGCUCUGCUGUGACGGUGAGAUCAGAGAGCAGGAGCCACACCACGCCUGCUGUGGAACAGAGGUGUACAACACGCAGACGCAGGCGUGCUGCGGGCAUCAGCGCAACUUGACCCUGAGCCUGCGACACCCUCGCGACAGCUGCUGUGGGGACGUCCUGUUCAAUCAGGAGACAGAGACCUGCUGUGCUGACCUGAAGGUGCGCCCUGUUUCUGAGGGCAGCAGAUGCUGCGUCUCGACACCCUACCACCCCAACAUCACAGAGUGCGUGAAAGGGACAGUGGUGAGGAUCCCCUACAGACAAAACUGUGGGAAUCACAGCAGUCCCAGGACAGCACAGAACAUCACCAGAUCCAUCAGAUGUCUGCCCUGCGGAUGGGACACUUACUACGACCCCCAGACACAGCGCUGCUGUGUGAACAGGACGUCCCGGCAGGGGCAGGUUUACCACUCUGACCAGACCUGCUGCAACGGCAUGAUCACAAAUACCACAGGAACUGGUCUUGCAGGAGGAAGGUGCUGCAAUUCAGUUGGUUAUAACCCUAGCACUCACAUCUGCUGCGCGGGGAAUAUUACAGAGAAAGAGCAAGGAGUUCCCUAUCAGUGCUGCGGAGGGGCUGCCUACAAUGUCUUGGAUCAUGUCUGCUUAAACGGCAUGCUGUACAAGGACAGGGGCCAGGAGCUCUCCGGCCGCAGGCCCGCGGCUCUCCGGGACCCCUUCUGCGCCGGGCAGCACUGCUGCGGACACCUGCCCUUCGAUCCCGCUGUGGAGAUCUGCUGCAGCGGCCACAGACACCCGAAGGUGCGGAGUGGCCGGGAGCAGUCCUGCUGCGGGCAGCAGCUCAUCGACGAGGCCCAGCAGCAGUGCUGCUCCUCCCUGGUCUACAGCAAGCGGCUGGGCUACUCCUGCUGCGGCCACCACUACUACCACCCCUCCCUGUACACCUGCUGCGACGGCGCCCCCUGGAGGCACUCUCACCCGGGACCCAAGCCUGCAGGGCAUCGCUGCCGCCUGACUUCGCUGGCUGGCCUGGGAGACUCCGCGCUGUGCAGUAAUCAAACAGUGCUCUUUGGAGAGGUCGAAAGCCUGAGCCUGCACGGAGGCAAGCGUACCUACCUGCUGAGGAUCGUCCUGGAGCUGCCCAGAGGCGAGAUGAGAGGCCACAUGCAGCUGCUGGACCGCUGCCCCUGCCCCCUGCUGGCUGUGGGUAGGACCUACGUGCUGUGCUUCCACAGGACACACAUUGAGCACCUCCUGCUUGAGAAGGCCAUCGUUUCUGACCUCAGCCAAGUGGGGGCCGUCCUGAGGCCCCUGGUCACCAAGGCCUUGAGGCGCAGUAACGUGGGACCCCCCUGUGGGCUUAGAGAUCAAGGAGAGCUCUAAAGCAAAAGCUGGUUUAAUAAGCAAAAUACAGUACUUGAUUAUUUAAGUUAAGUAAUUUGAAUGUGAAUUUUGUGAAUGAAUGUGAGUUUUCUCAUAUAUAUAUUCAAAUGUAUACCCUUGUUUUUUUUUUGUAUUUAAGGGGGAAAAUAUCUUUCAUUAUAGAGCUCAAUUAUAGAACUAGACUGAAACAAUAUCUAUUAAUACACAUUUUAAACAUGGGAUAUGUGGAAAACAUAAAUAUAAGUUUUCUUUGUUUUGUAUUGUACAAAUUAUAAGCUUUUCUAACAUUAUUUUCAUGACAACGUUUAAAAAGUGUGGAUUGAAAUGGAAAUCCCACAGGGAUUUACCUGUGCUGGAAGAACUAAUGAGUGAAUAAGGAGACUGGAUUCUGGUGAAAGACCUCAGGAAAAAGAAAUGGUGUUCACUCAGGUGGAGGGGGCUGUACCAGGUGCUGCUGACCACUGCCACUGCUGUGAAGGUCACAGAAAUGGUGCCCUGGAUUCAUGCUUCCCACUGUAAAAAGGUCACAAACGAACUGAACAAAGCGCAGGAGUGAUGUCUCCACAAGGACAGAUGGGGAUAACCUGCUUGGGACUGAUGUGCACAGCCUUUUUCCUUUUUAUGUGGAGGCCUGUCACCACCCCAAAAGAGGAAGAAUCUAAACCCGAAGCCUCUUUGUAUACAAACUGGCUGAAUGAAACUGAUAAUGAGGGGGAUAUGAGUAAUUUGUGGUAUAAAUUAUAAAUCAUACUGUAAAGUUAAAGAAAUUUAAUGCAUCCUGUUAUGUAUGUGCUUUAGUACCUCAUUCUACAGCCUCACCCAUGCGACUUUUUCCCCGACCAGUUGGUAGUCACAUUUAAGUUUCUAACACCAAUUAUAAGGGCUGUGAUACUUGUCUUACUGUUUUUGUGUUGCUGUACGACAUAUAUUAUUCCAAUGCUUUGAAAUAUGGUAAUGAAUAUGUUUGCGCAUCAGUAUGUUCUGAUAAGAACGCAAGAAUCCAAAGUAUGGGAGCCUCCUGGGAGUCCAUAUGAAGAAUCUAACUUUUAAUCAUUUUCAAGAAUAAAAAGGAGGGAAUUGAAAUGGAAAUCUAAUAAGUAAAUUGAUUCUUAAAAU